AUGGACAAAGUGGAGCGAGUGAUGAAGAUGGUGAAGAGGAUGUCGCCGAGGAAGAAGAGGAGAGGAGGAGGAGGAGGAGGAGGAAGAGCACCGGGAGAGAUAGAGAGCCCGGACACCCUGUGUGAUGAGCUCUGCCGCUUCAGCCUCUGCAUCAGUGAUGAUGGACCAUAUGGAAAGACAAAGGACAUCUCUGGACCAGAGCAUCCUCUGGCGUCUAGAAGACACAGUAUACCAGAAGCUCUGCGGGGGGUGACCAUGGUGGAGCUGGUGAAGAAGGAAGGCAGUACGCUGGGCCUCACCAUCUCAGGAGGGACAGACAAGGACGGAAAACCACGAGUAUCGAACCUACGGCCCGGAGGGCUGGCGGCUAGGAGUGACCAGCUAAAUGUUGGUGACUACAUCAAGUCAGUGAACGGCAUCAAUUUGACCAAGCUACGCCACGAAGAGAUCAUCAGUUUACUGAAGAACGUAGGAGAGAGAGUUCUACUGGAGGUGGAGUAUGAACUGCCACCUACAGCUCCAGACAGCACCUCAGGGGUUAUAUCAAAGACAAUCGACAUGUGUUUGCACAAAGAGGGGAGCAGCUUCGGCUUCGUCAUGCGAGGCGGUACCCAUGAGGACUGGCACAAGUCACGCCCCCUAGUGGUCACAUAUGUGAGGCCAGGAGGUCCUGCAGACAGGGAGGGUACGCUGCGUCCUGGUGAUCGUUUGCUCAGUGUGGAUGGUGUGCCGCUACACAGCGCCAACCACAGCGAUGCCCUCAGUGUGUUGGCUCAGUGUGGCCAGGAGGCCCUGUUCCAGAUAGAGUACGAUGUCGCUAUAAUGGAUACAGUGACGAAUGCAUCCGGCCCGCUGUUGGUGGAAAUUGCCAAAUCACCAGGGGCAACGCUGGGAAUCACACUGACAUCAGCCAGUCACAGGAACAAGCAGGUCAUCGUCAUUGACCGGGUUAAACCAGCCAGCGUGGUAGACAGAUGUGGAGCGUUGCAUGCUGGAGAUCACCUGCUGUCCAUAGACGGGACGUCGACGGAGCACUGCACAGUUCUGGAGGCAACACAGCUAUUAGCCAGCACCACGGAACUGGUUAAGCUGGAAAUACUCCCCUCCCAUCACACAAGGCUAACUGGGAAACAACACGACACAGUGAAGGUUCAGAAGUCUGACCACCCCCACUCUUGGGACCCAUGUGUAAAUUACUGUCAUGCCCCCAACUCCACCCUCAUCAACACAAGCUCCACCCUCAACAAGUCCUGGACCGCCUCCAACAACAACACCAUCAACAGCCUGGACUACUGCAAAUCUCUGGUGUCAACCAGCUUCUCCCCGGGCUCUACGACCACAUCAGGUCCCAGCAGCCAGAGCUCUAGCACCCUUCCCAGGACUACAGUUCCCAUGAGCCCCCGCAACUCUCUACUCAAACGGCGGCAGAGGAAGAAAGAGCACAAGAGCUCUUUGUCCUUGGCGUCCAGUUCGGUGGGUCCAGGUGGUCAAGUGGUUCAUGUAGAGACCAGCGAGGUUGUCCUGAGAGGUGACCCACUCAACGGCUUCGGUGUGCAGCUGCAAGGGGGAAUAUUUGCUACCGAAACACUGUCCGCCCCCCCACUCAUCCGAUUCAUAGAACCUGAUAGCUCUGCGGAGAGGUGUGGCCUGCUGCAGGUGGGGGACCGCCUCCUGUCCAUCAAUGGAAUCCCCACAGAGGACGGGACGCUGGAGGAAGCCAAUCAGCUUCUCCGAGAUGCAGCGUUGACCAAUAAGGUCACACUGGAGAUAGAGUUUGAUGUAGCAGAGUCAGUUGUGCCUAGCAGCGGUACUUUCCAUGUCAAACUGCCCAAGAAGAGAGGAGUGGAACUGGGCCUCACUAUCAGUGCUAGUAAGAAACCAGGAGAGCCCCUCAUCAUCUCUGACAUCAAGAAGGCCAGCAUGGCUCACAGAACGGGUACAUUGGAGCCUGGUGACAAGUUGUUGGCCAUCGACAACAUCAGACUGGAGAACUGCUCCAAAGAUGAUGCAGAGCAGAUCCUACAGCAGUGUGAGGAACUUGUCAAACUAAAGAUUCGGAAAGACGAGGACAACUCUGAUGAGCAGGAGACAUCGGGCAGCAUUAUCUACACGGUGGAGCUGAAGCGGUAUGGAGGUCCUCUGGGUAUCACAAUCUCAGGCACUGAGGAGCCUUUUGACCCCAUCACUAUAUCUGGCCUCACCAAGAGAGGCCUGGCCGAGAGGACAGGGGCUAUUCACGUAGGAGAUCGAAUCCUGGCUAUCAACAGCGUGAGCCUUAAGGGCAAACCGCUGAGUGAAGCCAUCCACCUGCUACAGAUGGCUGGAGAGACAGUCACUCUCAAGAUAAAAAAACAGUUAGACAAUAUAGAGGAGAGGAAGGCCGUAGAGAUAGAGGAUACAACAGAGAACGAGCUCAGCGAUCCAGAAGAGGACGAUUUGACGGACAGCCAGCAGACCAAUAAGCUAUCAGAGCUGUACUCCACGACCAUCCCCAGUGUGGACUCUGCCAUGGAGUCAUGGGACGGCUCAGGGCUGGACGCUGGCUACGGAAGCCAGGGAACUUACAGUCACCAUGCAGCUGGUAUCGCCCUCCACCCCCACGAGUGGCGUAGUGCCAAGCAGCAGCGCAGUGCCACCCCCCCUCCUGGACGCCGGAAGAACUAUCCCUUCAGUGACGGAGGCUUCAGUGAGGACGACUGGGACAAACCGCCAGGGUUUGGUGGUCAACAUCCCGACGGCGUUCUGUUGGAUCCAGAUGACAGUUUCUGGUGUCAGGCCCUUGAGGACCUGGAGACCUGUGGCCAAUCAGAACUGCUCAGAGAGAUAGAGGCGUCCAUUAUGACAGGUACAGCUAUCAGUCUGGGUGUAGACGGAGUCAGCAAACCUCCUGCUGAGCCCAUACUGAGCCACGGCAGGAUGAGCCCACUACGGAGGAACUCUCUCCUGCACCAGGGGAACCUUCUCCACCAGGGGAACCUCCUGCAGGGAACCCACCUCCACCAGGGGGCCCAUCUGCACGAGGAAGCCCAUUUGCACCAGGAGGCUCACCUGCACCAGGAGGCCCACCUGCACCAGGAGGACCACCUGCACCAGGAGGCUCACCUGCACCAGGGGGCCCACCUCCGCCAGGAGACCCAGUCCCCUCUCCUGCACCAGGAGCCCAAACCUAAAGCCUCAUUGAGAGUAUCUGAGAGAACGUGGGAGUCUCGCCGAAUCAAGGAGGAGAUGCAGGAGAUUCUGUCCCCUACACCUUUGGAGCUGCACAAGGUAACAGUAAUCAAGGACCCAGAGAGUGAUGACUUUGGCUUCAGUGUGUCGGACGGCUUCCUGGAGAAAGGAGUUUAUGUCAACAUGAUCCGAACCGAUGGACCAGCCGACCGAGCCGGGCUCAAACCCUACGACCGGAUCCUGCAGGUGAACCAUGUGAGGACGAGGGACUUUGACUGCUGCCUGGCGGUGCCUCUGAUCACAGAGGCUGGCGACAGACUGGAGCUGGUCAUCAGCCGCAACCCACUGGCCAACACUGAUACAGAGGACAAUAACAACACUAUAGAACACCAGUUAGACCUGUAA